AAGCCAUCUCCAUAUCUGGUCUCCAUUUCAGUUUCCCCCGCUUCCCUUCUAUACCACUACACUUCCUACAUCUUUUUGACGAAAUCAGUAACUUGAACAUCACGCAACCAUGUCUGAAUUAGCCUUCACAAAGGGCUUCCUCUCAGCCCUCGAUUCCCGCCCCGUCAAGCUUCGCGCAGACUAUGUGCUCGAUCAAGAAUACGCCGCGGCUCGAGUUCCGUACCUUCUCCCCCGCCUACAACCGCCACACCCCGAAAUGCCCAAGAAAACAAAGCGCACGCUUGCCCCCGGUUCCUCAAAAUCCAUCACCGUGCAUUUGAAAUCCGCCCGCAACCCUACGUUCGAAUUCACGGUAUCCAACGUUCCUGUUUCCACGACCACCAUUCAGGAUCUCAAAGACUCUGUGCGGGGGCGGGUCGUCGACGGUGAGAACAACGGCGCUGUGGCCCUGGAUAAGAUUAAAAUCCUGUAUAAGCGCAAGCUCGUCAGCGGUACCAGCAAGACCAUCGCCGAGGUUAUGUGUGAUGAACCCGAGUUGCUGACGGGGGGGAAAGAGGUGCUGUUUGGGGUGAUGAUUAUGGGUGGGGCGAAGGUGGUUGAGGGUGCGCUGGAGGAAGAAGGGGAGGCCAGCGCUACUUCUGAUGCUGCUGCUGCUGCUGCUGCUGCUGCUGCUACAGUGCCAAAGGCGGCGGUUGGGCCGAGCGGGGAGGCGUUGCUGGAGACGGAGCAGUUCUGGGAUGAUUUACAGGGGUUUUUGGGACAAAGGUUGAAGGAUGAGGAUGAGGCGAAGAAAUUGAGCGUGUUAUUUAAGGGUGCCUGGGCUGCGAGCCGGUAAUAAUGUCUCGGAGAGUUCAACUGUAAUUAAUUCAUUUAUGAUGAUACCUUUUAUAAAAAUGGAAAGUGUCU